UAGCUGAAGAAGCUUGAUAGCUCCUGUAAACAAAGCUGAGCCGCCUGUCUGUUAAAACACCCAAAAAACUGCCAAACCCGAAGAGGAGAUAUGAUUAUAAACACGUCCACAUAACACUUAGAGCUCUCCAGACUCUGGCGGUCCGACAGCAGCAGUAAACUCCGUUCCUGGAGCUGCCAUGUCCCGGCCUGCAGUCUGACUGUAAGAUAAUGGCUGCAGAGCUGUAUCCCACCAAGAAGCUGGUCCCCUCCACCUCAGCGAGCAGCACGACCACCUCUUCCUCCUCCUCAUCCUCCAUCCAACAGUACCAGCAGCAGAACCUGACCAACAACAACACCAGCAACGCCGCCCAGAGCUGCUGCAACUGGCAGGGCCUGUUCCCGACCAUCCGGGAGAGGAAUUCAGUCAUGUUCAACAAUGAGACGAUGGCAGAUGUUCACUUUGUGGUCGGACCACCUGGCGGGACGCAGCGAGUACCAGGACACAAGUACGUCCUGGCUGUUGGCAGCUCCGUGUUCCAUGCCAUGUUUUAUGGAGAACUGGCCGAAGAUCAAGAAGAGAUCCGGAUCCCUGACGUGGAGCCUCCGUCGUUCCUCGCCAUGCUGAAGUAUAUCUACUGUGAUGAGAUCGACCUCUGCGCCGACACGGUGCUCGCCACCCUGUACGCUGCCAAAAAGUACAUCGUACCUCACCUGGCCCGGGCCUGCGUCAACUUCCUGGAGACCAGCCUGAGUGCCAAGAACGCCUGCGUGCUGCUGUCCCAGAGCUGCCUGUUCGAGGAGCCCGACCUGACACAGCGAUGCUGGGAGGUGAUCGACGCUCAGGCCGAGCUCGCGCUGCGCUCCGAAGGCUUCUGCGACAUCGACUCCCAGACGCUGGAGAGCAUCCUGCGGCGGGAGACGCUUAACGCCAAGGAGAUGGUGGUGUUCGAGGCGGCGCUGAACUGGGCCGAGGCGGAGUGUCAACGGCAAGAUCUGUCACCGACCAUCGAGAACAAACGCCUGGUGCUGGGGAAGGCCAUCUACCUGAUCCGCAUCCCCACCAUGGUGCUGGAGGACUUCGCCAACGGAGCGGCGCAGUCCGGCGUGCUCACCCUCAACGAGACCAACGACAUCUUCCUGUGGUACACCGCCGCCAAGAAGCCCAAACUGUUGUUCUGCAGCAAACCUCGUAAAGGUUUGGCGCCGCAGCGCUGCCACCGCUUCCAGUCCUGCGCCUACAGGAGCAACCAGUGGCGGUACCGAGGCCGCUGCGACAGCAUCCAGUUCGCCGUGGACAAACGGGUCUUCAUCGCUGGCUUCGGCCUGUACGGAUCCAGCUGCGGGUCGGCCGAGUACAGUGCCAAGAUCGAGCUGAAGCGUCAAGGCGUGUCGAUGGCUCAGAGGAUCAUCAAGUACUUCUCUGAUGGAUCCAGUAGCACCUUCCCCGUGAGCUUCGACUACCCGGUGCAGAUCGAGCCCGACACCUUCUACACCGCUAGCGUGGUGCUGGACGGAAACGAGCUCAGCUACUUCGGGCAGGAGGGCAUGACGGAGGUGCAGUGUGGGAAAGUGACCUUCCAGUUCCAGUGCUCCUCGGACAGCACCAACGGCACCGGGGUUCAGGGAGGACAGAUCCCUGAGCUCGUCUUCUACGCCUGAGGCGAGCAGCGAGGGAGGGGCGCCGCAGAGAUUCCUGCUUCACUGCCAUGUAGACUUUUACUUUGAAAGUGUUGAGACGAGCUCUCAGGUGUGAGGGACUCCUGGAGUUACUGCUGAGCCAUUGAGACGUGACGGUGGAAACAUGAAGACACGAUGGAAGAAGUCUGAACCCUCACAUUCCUUCACACCUCUGUUGUUGUUUUUGUUUCACAUCUGCUGUCGUCGUAGUCAUCGCUGUUUCACAUCAUCUUGAAAUAAUAUCCAACAUUACGGGUGGGAGAUAAAGAGGAAAUCAUGGUAUAUGCAAUUUUAUAUUACGAUUAAUUCUAACAAAUUUAGUGGGGAAUUGUUAAUGGUUAAAAGGAUCUUAAAGGAUUGUCCGUUUGUAACGCUAAGACAGUGAGUUAUACCUAAUGAAUCAAAGUGCUUAAUCACAAUAAGCUGACACUAAAAACCCCAUGCUGGCAUAAACCUGAUUAUUGACCUACAGUAUUGCUCUUAAUGUCCAUAUAUUGUAUAUCCAGAGUGUUUUUUUUAAGCAGUUACCUUGUUAUUAUGAAGUAUAACACUAAAGACACUUUCACUGGACAUUUUAUUAUGACUAACCCCAGGAACUUUUAAAUGCUCUUUAUUAGUAAAGUAAGUACAAACAAAAGCAGCGCUUAAAAGACUUAAGAUCAACGUAAAGUGCUUUUUUAAAUGAAUAUAAAACUUUAUUCUCGUCCUGGAAAACUUUUCAGGCUCACAAAUCUUCUCAUCAUUUAAUCCCUGCAAAUAUAAAUUGUAAAAAAUACAAACUAAUCCUAUAAAACCUGCAAAGAUGAAUCUGUUUCAACUCAAAACAAGUCUGAAUUCUCCUUAUUUCAGCUUGAAUUUGAAGACUUUGAUUUCUUUUUACUACUUUUUGAUUGUCAACUAAAUAUUGUAGAAUAAGUUGCAAGUUUGAGGAAGUUCUGUUGGGUUUUGGAAAACACUGAUUGUUUUUUCAACCUAUUUUCUGAUUGGCCCAACAACUCAUUGUUUCAUUGACAAUGAAAAUAAUGAGUCGCAGCCCUACUACCUGAUUAAAAAUGGUUUCACAGUUCAGUUUGAGCAUCCACCAUCCCUACAUUGAUAGCGUUAUGAUGAGAGAAUCAUAUAGACGUUAAAAUGUUUAAAGGUGCCAUAGAGUGCAAAACUGUAUUUACCUUGGCGUAGUUGAAUAAGGAGAGGUCGGUACAUUGAACUGACAUACCGUGAACCUCAAAUACCGUCGUUCGCUCCUUCACGUGCAAAUCAUGAAUAUGCAUAUCACAGCGGUAAAAUGGGCGAAUUACAACAAUCCCUGUGUGUGACGUAACACACGGUAGUCCAGCCCCAACAUCUGCAUACACCAGCUGCUGGAAACACUAACGCUAACACUCACCACUCCGUAACGUUGCUCUCCAAUCUCCGACCAGCUGGCUGUUCUUCAAAGUCAUCGGUUUCCUCCUCCGAUCGAGGCUCAAACAUGUACGGUUGGAUGCCAAUAGCCUCCAUGGUUCAUCUCUCACAGUUUCGCAAACUUCACUUACUUCUAGGCUCUGAGGCAGCCAUGGAUUGCUCCUUGUAAACCAGCCAAUCAGAGCAGAGCUCGUAAUCAUUAUCUAAAUGAGUUCCAAAUAAGGCAAUGCAGCUUGUUUCAUUCUAGGACCAAAUCAUAGGGUUGUAAAUGGGCCUGUAAAACUGCAUCUGGACAUUUUUUGGAUCAACUAAAGUUAUAUACCUUCUUUGUAGACAUCAGAGAACAAUUUAAAAUAGCAGAUAGAUGCUCUCUAUGGCACCUUUAAAUGGUUCUUCUAGUGACUUUGGUUUAAUCUAAAGAGUUGUAAACAUUCCUGCUGUUACUGAAGAACUGAAGGACUUUAAAGGAAAAAAAUAAAGCACUGAUUCUGACCUGUGCAGGGGUUCUGGUAUUUAAAGCUGAAGAUUACGUUCUUAUAUAUCAGUAUUUGACACCCCUGCUUCGUUUUAUACACACUACUUCAGACAUACAGUAACCCUCCUCUGGUGCUCUAUACUCUCUUCUUCUCGGAUGAAAUGUGAAUGGGCAUUUCAUACAUCAUCCACCUGAAACUGUACCUGUACAUCUAAAAGAUUUAAACUAUAACUUUAUAUUUUUUGUGUUUAUGGUUAAAGAGCAGUAUUCCUCAGCUCCCGUGCUUUUAUUUUGAAAAACUAGACCCUGAUUUUCACCCAUGUUGCAGUCAUGUAAAUAUUUCCGUGAUUGUGUCCUGAGAAACUUCUUCUUCUUCACCAACUCUCUUUGAAAUUGGAGGAAAAAGCUGUUUUAUAUGAUUCUAUAUUGAAAAAACAUAUUUUUGGAUGUCUUUGUUUCCUGUUAUCUGAUUCCAACCAGAAUGUGCAGUGAGUCGGUGGCCUUAUGAAUGUGUUGUUGUGAAACAUUUGGAAAUAAAAAGGUUCAGAUGUAAA